UUCCCUGUUAAAAAUGAAUUCUAAACAUGCAUAAAUUUUAUGGAUCUUUUUAAAAUAUACCAGCGCACUUAAACCCAAAACCCCACGAAGGAGGAAUGCAGAAGCACAAAAUAAAGGCAAUGGCUACGAAUUACCAUGUUAAUCUUAGGCAAUGAUCAUCAUUCUGUACAAACUGAGAGCAAUAAUUCCAUUGUUAAGCCACCCACAGCAAAAAUAAAAACAGGGUGGGUUUUAAAGGUUCUGCGCAGCUAAAAAUGGCUUGGAGAAUACGCAGCGCAGCUCUGUUAUGGCGCAAUGCGUACUCAACUAAAGCAUCUUCUUCGGCUCAAGAAGCAGUUAAACGCAUUUUGCCUCCAAAAUACCGCUUAACAUGGGGGCGAUUGCUGACAGGGGCGCUGCUGGGGUUAGGUAUUGGUGGGGGUGCCUAUGUUAGCACUGUCGAUGAGGCUACAUUUUGUGGAUGGUUAUUCACAGGAACAAAGUUUGUCAAUCCUCUAUUCAGAUUGUUGGAUCCAGAGGAUGCUCACCAGUUUGCAAUAUGGGCAGCAGCUCGUGGUUUGGUUCCGAGGGAAAAGAGGCCAGAUCCAGCUAUCUUGGAAAUUGAAGUGUGGGGAAGAAAGUUUUCAAAUCCAAUAGGACUUGCAGCUGGUUUUGACAAAAGUGCAGAGGCUGUGGAAGGUUUACUAGGAAUGGGCUUUGGGUUUAUGGAAGUUGGCUCAGUAACACCAAUACCUCAAGAAGGAAAUCCAAAGCCUCGUGUGUUCAGGUUGCCAGAGCAGGGGGCCAUUAUCAAUCGAUAUGGAUUCAAUAGUGAAGGUAUAGUAGUUGUUGCAAAACGGCUGGGUGCACAACAUGGCAAACGUAAGCUUGCUGAAACAUCAAACACAACAAUGCCACAAUCAACAGAACAGAAACCUGGAGGAAAAGCAGGUCCUGGAAUACUCGGAGUAAACAUUGGCAAGAACAAAAUGAGUGAAGAUGCUGCUGCUGAUUAUGUUCAAGGAGUCCACACCUUGUCUCAAUUUGCUGACUAUCUGGUGAUUAAUGUUUCAUCUCCAAACACCCCUGGACUGCGUAAGCUCCAGGGCAGGAAACAACUAAAGGACUUAGUAAAGAAGGUGCUUUCUGCACGUGAUGAAAUGCAGUGGGGGGAGGAGGGACCACCCCCUUUGCUUGUAAAAAUUGCUCCUGAUUUGUCCAAGCAAGACCUUGCAGAUAUUGCUGCGGUUGCACUCACUCUCAGAUUGGAUGGCCUGAUUAUAUCUAAUACAACUAUUUCAAGGCCAGAUUCUGUCAUUGGGUUACCACAUGCUGAUGAAAUGGGUGGCUUGAGUGGAAAACCACUUUUCAAGUUGUCUACUGAUGUCCUAAAAGAAAUGUAUCAACUUACACGAGGAAGAAUUACUCUUAUUGGCUGUGGAGGUAUUAGCAGUGGUGAAGAUGCAUAUAGGAAGAUUCGAGCAGGGGCAACUCUUGUGCAGCUUUACUCAGCUUUUGCUUAUGAAGGGCCAGCUCUCAUUCCUCAGAUAAAGACCGAGUUGGCAGCAUGCCUAGAAAGGGAUGGGUUCAAAUCUAUUCAAGAAGCUGUUGGUGCUGAUUUCAGAUAGCCGAGGCAUGCUAGCAAAAAUUAUCUGCGUGACAUGUUUCAUCUGCAUAUUGUUUGUUCUAAUGGCAGCAUGCAUUUGUUUAUUACCCACCCCAAAUUAUGGAAGUCAACAUUUAGUAUUGAUGUUACUUAUGCAGCUGAGUUUCACUGCUUGUAAGGAGCUGGUUGAGGUGCUGUCUAAGAAAUUAUUAUUCUUUUAUCAGUUGUAAAAGUAUAAAAAUUCAGGAAAUCUUGUUGAGGAUAUUGUUCAUAUGUUGCUGAAGCAACUGCUUUAUUUAUUGAAGCAAUCAAAUUUUGCCAUGUGCAAGUAUUAGAUUUUCUGUAUUACUUUGGUGAGAUUUUUGACAGAAAGAUAAGCCUAUCUUUGGAAGUGUAUAUGCUGAAAGGUUCAUGCAGACUAAGGAUGCAUGUAAAUCUUGUUUACAUCAGUACCUUGAUAUUGUCAGGGUCUUGCCAUACAUAAAGUGGUCAUACUUAUUGUUGAUUUAA